AUGGAAGAUUUUGAAGGCGAUGAAGAGGUCCGACCCGAAUAUCCAUGCUCAUAUUGUUAUGAGGAGUUUGAUUUAACAUCACUUUGCUCGCAUCUGGAGGCUGACCAUUCGUUCGAAUCAAAACCCACCGUAUGUUCUAUUUGUUCUGUUAAAGUCACCGGGGACAUGUUGAGCCAUAUCACUGUCCAACAUGGAUACUUAUUGAAGAUAUCCUUUUUUAAUCUUGUAUUUCCAUUUAUAAUCCAAAGGCGUAGCCGAUCGCGUAGGGUUCCCUUUAACAACAAUCAAUCGCUAUCUCUGUUGGGAAGGGAUUUAAGAGAAGCCCAUUUACAGGUUCUUCUUGGCGGCAAUGGAUAUCGAUCAAGUACUACCACGUUGUCAUCAUCAUCAUCAGCUGUGGCUGAUAAUUUGCUAUCUUCUCUGAUUUUGAGCUUCUCUGCUUCCGAACUCGAUGACGUGUCGAAAUCUUUGCUGUCGAGUUUAGAGGAAAGUUCUGCAAAGAGUACGGCAUCUCAACAAUUUUGGAAAUCAAGUUUUUAUUCUUUGAGUCGUGAAGAACGUGAAAAAAGAAUGCAACAGGCAGCUGGACGAGCUGUUUUCGUCCAAGAUUUGCUUUUUCCCUUCCAGAUGCAACUUUCUGAACAGCUCCUACCUAAAGGCGCUCCUGCCAUCGAGGUUGCGGCGACCACCGAGCUGAGUUCGAGGGUAGAAGCUCUCAUGACGUUGUAG